AGGGAAGAUGCGUACGUUACCGAUCCGCUUCGUCCGUUUCGACUCAGCGAGAAGCUUCGCUGCUCGUCGUCAAGGUACGGUUCUCACGAAAUCCCAAAUCCAUCCCAAACCCUCCUUCUUGUACUGCCCUAAAACCCUAAAUUUCCCAUCGAAUCCUCUCUAUUCCCAAAAUUUUUACGCUGGCCACAUCGGACGAUCCUCCAAUUCGAACCUCUCAGUUCGUUUGUGUUCUCAUGUAUCCAAAACCUAGAUCUCCGAGUUAGGGUUAUCGGGGAAUCGGCUGGAGCUAUGGAAACGGACGUGAUCAUCAGGCGCCAUGGUGGAUUUCGUGCGGUCUUCCAUGGUUUUUGUGCUCUGGUGCUGCUCUUAUUCUUCUACAACAGAGACGACGUUCUCCGGAACCCUUUCCUCCGUCAAAACUCCAGUUUCCCCUCUCCUUGGGUUUCAAAAUCCAAUCUUUUUCCUCAUCGGCGGAUCGCCGAGGUGCCUCUGACCAAUUCAACCAAGGGGGUUGUGCAAUUUGAUGGGAUGAAUGAGAAUUCGGAAUCCUUUGGGAAUCCGACGGAGGCGUGCGCUGGACUAGCCCAGCACGAGGGUUUUGCCACCCAGUGUGAUUUCUUGAAGGCUCGUCGGCGGUGCCAUUCCGGUGGAUUCAUCGAUUACCUCACUUUCUUCUACUGCGAUUGCGAGAAAUUUCGUGUUCUGGGCUUCGCCAUGCUUGCCCUCUGGCUAGCAGCUCUGUUUUAUAUGCUGGGAAACACGGCUGCCGAUUACUUCUGUUGUAAUCUAGAGAAGCUCUCCAGCUUACUGAAGCUUCCUGCGACCGUUGCCGGGGUCACCCUCCUCCCACUCGGGAAUGGUGCUCCUGAUGUCUUUGCUAGCAUAGCGUCUUUUGUAGGGACCGGCACUGGGGAGGUGGGUCUCAAUAGUGUAUUGGGUGGCGCAGUCUUUGUUACUUGCAUAGUUGUCGGGACUGUUUCGCUAUGUGUUGCGGAGAAGAAUGUUCAGAUUGAUCGGAAAUGCUUCAUCCGGGAUAUUAGCUUCUUCCUGUUGAUGUUGGUAUCUUUGUCCAUGAUCUUGAUUGUUGGGAGGGUGCCUGUUUGGGGAGCAAUCAUGUUUGUUUCAAUUUAUGUGGUUUAUGCAUUCACCGUGGCGGCAAAUGAGAUGCUGAGGAAGCAUGCUCGGAUGUUGAAGUUGGAUAUCGUGACACCUUUGCUUCCGGUUAGAGGGGGCAUCUUUUCUCAUAGUGUUGAAGAGGAUGAAUCUAUUUACAGCUCUCUUCUGGAAGAAGAUAUUGACAAUGAAACGCCGCAGUUGCAUACUUCAUUACCUCAGUGGAUGUGGGCAUCACAUGUGGCUAUUUAUUCGAAUCAGGGUAGCAGGGCUAAUUCAUUUGAGAAUGCCAGGCCUUUAUGGGGUUGGAGUGAUGAAGUAGAGGUGGAAACCUCGUUUUUCUCUUGUUCUAACUUAGUUUUUUGGAUGGAGAUGCCUCUGUCUAUUCCGAGAAGGUUAACAAUUCCAAUUGUUGAGGAAGAAAGGUGGUCAAAAGGAUAUGCAGUUGCCAGUACUUUUUUAGCACCUCUUCUGUUGACAUUUCUCUGGAACAGUUGUGGAAGUGAGGGCUCCAAAGUCAGCGUGGCUGCUUAUGUUGUAGGUGGUAUCAUUGGUGUUGCACUCGCUGUUCUUGCUUUCCUAUACACGAACACUGAUCGCCCACCAAGAAGGUUCUUGUUUCCAUGGGUAGUAGGAGGUUUUAUAAUGAGCAUAGUGUGGUUCUAUAUUGUUGCUAAUGAGCUAAUUGCGCUUUUGGUGGCCUUGGGCGUAAUCUUGGGCAUCAAUCCAUCUAUUCUUGGAUUGACAGUAUUGGCAUGGGGUAAUUCAAUGGGUGACUUGAUGUCAAACGUUGCUUUGGCUCUGAAUGGAGGGGACGGAGUGCAAAUUGCCAUGUCGGGAUGCUAUGCUGGGCCCAUGUUCAACACACUUGCUGGUCUGGGGAUGUCAAUGUUGCUUAAAGCAUGGUCGACGGCGCCUGCUUCAUAUGAACUCCCACAUGAUAGGUCCUUGGUUUAUACAGUAGGUUUUCUUAUGUCAGGACUCAUCUUGGCUCUUGUUAUUUUACCACGGAGUGACAUGCGCCCGAACAAGAUGCUGGGUUAUGGCCUCAUUUCUCUUUAUCUGAUAUUUCUCUCUGUUAGGGUGAUCUAUGCAAUGGGAGUCUUAUCCUUGGCUGGUUUGCAUUGAUUCUCUAUAGUGCUAUCAGGGAAUCGAACAUGAAUCCCUUGAGGGAACACUCAGGAUGCACUUAACAUGAGCAGGAAAGGUAUGAUUCGAUGGAACUUUGUAUUGUUGAUCAUGUUAGAUCAUGUUGUACUGAGGCCAUGAAUCAAAAACUGGCAGCAGCUACCGAGCCACAUAUACAUAACAAAAUUGAGAGUUGUAUAGAUUUAUUUGAAUCACAUCUGAUUUUAGUUUUCCUCCGAUCUACACAUUUGUCAUGGCUUAAUGGGUGUUCUAAUUGCUGCACUUGUUGUGGGCUGGUUAGCUGGUUAGUUUGUAGAUAAACAACUCUUUCUCAGUGCUGACCUAUGAGGCCUGGUUUGUCUUUUUAUCCUAUAUUGUUCUCAUGUAAGAUUGUAGUUUUCUUGGAUUGUUUUUAAUUUAGUGGCUUUUGUUUAGUUA